CAACACGUACCCAAAGUCAUACCCAGCCAAAAGAACCUUCCUUUCCACACACCGUACCCGUACCCGGUAAAAUUCAAGUUUCAUUCAAUUCUCUAUAUAAACUCAACUUUCUCCCCUCCUUUCCCUUGAUCAAAUCUUCCUCCCUUUUGGUCCCAUUACCCUCUUUUCCCCCUCUAUAACCAUAAUCACCAUUAUCUAGGCUUACAACGCCGACCUGGUAAAACUGACCCGUACUCGAUUACCUUAUAAUCCUCAUUUCCAAAUACCAUUCACAAACCAAUGAAAAUGGGAUCAACAAAAGUAUUUAGUUUGCUAAUAUUAACUAUGAUGAUCACAACCACAAUAGCACAAUCAACAUGUGGUACACACACCUUGAGUAACAACCAACAAUAUGCGAGUUGUAGUGAUCUUCCUCAAUUAAAUUCCUUCCUUUACUGGACUUAUGACUCGACAGCCGGUACGGCCAACAUCGCAUUCCGGGUGACCGGAGUGAAUCCAACAUCGAACUGGAUCGCAUGGGCCCUUAACCCAACCGGGUCGGGCAUGACCGGGGCUCAGGCUUUGGUUGCCUAUCGAAACUCUUCCAGCAGUAUCCACGCGUAUACAUCAUCCGUUGUUGAUACCCGCACUACUCUUGCCCAAAGUAGCCUUAGCUUCCGGGUUGACAACAUAUCGGCAAAUAGUGGCACCAAUGAGAUGACAAUAUUUGCUACAAUUCGACCACCGAGAACCACGGUGAACCACGUAUGGCAAGUGGGCCCAUUGAGCAGCGGCGCACCGGCUCAGCAUCCCCAAAAUUCUGCUAACACCAGAUCCGUUGGCUCUAUUAACUUUCUAGCUGGUCAAGCCACUUCCUCUGGUGGAGCUGUUGUUCAAAGACUUGGAAGGAAGAAUGCUCAUGGAGUGUUGAAUGCAAUAAGUUGGGGAAUAUUAAUGCCAUUAGGAGCCAUAAUAGCAAGAUACGUAAAGGCAUUCCCAUCAGCAGAUCCAGCAUGGUUUUACCUUCAUGUAUCUUGUCAAAUCGUUGCUUAUAUUCUUGGAGUUGCCGGUUGGGGUACUGGACUUCAACUUGGCAGUGAUUCUCCUGGUAUUGUUUACACUCUCCACCGUAACAUUGGAAUCGCCCUUUUCUGCCUUGCCACUCUUCAGGUGUUUGCCCUGCUUCUAAGGCCAAACAAAGACCACAAGUACAGAUUAUACUGGAAGGUCUACCAUCAUGGGAUUGGAUACGCAGUCAUCAUCUUAAGUAUCAUCAACAUAUACCAGGGACUUGACAAUGUGUUACAACCGGAGAGGAAAUGGAAGAGAAUUUACUCGGGCAUCAUUAUCGCGUUGGGAGCCAUCGCUGUUGUAUUGGAGGCAGUUACAUGGACUAUUGUGUUGAAGAAGAAGAAGAAUGAGCAAGCCAAACAUGGUCACCAUGCUAACGGAACUAAUGGAUUUUCCAAUAGUUAUGCACAGCCUGCUCUGUAAAUUUUUCUAUACCAUUAAUUAAUUGUCUCCUCUUUAGGCUUAUUGUUUUAGGUUGUAUUAUAAAUUACACAUUUUGGAUUCUUUUUUCCUUUUCUAUUA